GUAGCUAAAAAAAAUUAUAUGAUAAAAAAAAAACUUACAAAUCACAAAUCACAAUAUAGGCCCAUCCCUGUUUACACUAGUCGGAAACUGGCGGAAAUUUGACGAUAGUGGAUACAUAUAGCACUUUACUUUUCUAGUUUACCGUUUGUCGGUCAGCAUUAAGUUAAUGCUAUUCAGUAUUCACGACAUUCGUAUUUUUGAUUUUUAUUUUUUGCAUAAUAUUAUUAAUAAAUAUUAAACUUUGUAUAUAUUUAUACAUAACUCAAAGAGAAAGGCCGUUUGAUUUUUUUUAGAUUUUGCGAUGAGUAUAAUUAGCUUAUAAUGACGUGUUUUUCCUAAAGUCCUAAACUACAUGUCUAUAUUUAUUCUUAGCGGGUUGCUUGCAAUUAUUGUUUUGUUUGUUUUUUUUUUUUCAUUUUAAAGUUCAAGGCUAUCUAUGCAAAUGCCAAAAAGAGUCACGAGGUUGCGGAUGAACUUGAAAUGAGUUGUACACAUUUAAACAUCAAAAAAGAAAACAAUAACAUGAUAAUUUCACGUCAAAGCUUUGUUUUUUGUUUUCAAUGUUGCGAAUAAAUAAAUAAAAAUAUUAGUGAAAGAAGAGCCAGAUAACUUUUAGACAAAAAUCUUUUACAUAAAAUACCGAUGCAUAUUAAGUUAUUAAAACGAAUUAAAUAAAAAAAAAUAUCUUGAGAAAAUAAAUCGGUAGUUGGUGAUUUAAAGUGGAAUCUCCUAUAUAUACAUAUAUGUGUAUAUGUAUAUUAUUUAGUUGCGAAAAAUUCGUCGGUAGCCGCGAAUGACAGCUAACAGCUUUUUAUUAUCAUUGAGCUUGUUUAAUCAUCUUAAACUUUAAAAUUAUACUGUGAUAUAUAUUUCAAUUGAGUAAUUAAUUGCGUACAACGAAUGUUGUAUAAAAUUUAUCAUGAAAAUACGAGAAAUUGCCGACGAGCCUCCGUUGCUCCAAGCAAUAUUUCUUGGUGCAAUCCAAGAAAUACAGAUUCUCCUAGAACAAGGAGAAGAUAUUCAUUGGCAAGAUGAUGAACAACGAACACUUCUUCAUGCUGCAGCAUUCACAGGUGAUGCAAAUAUUGUAGAUUGUUUGAUACUGGCUGGAGCUGGAGUGAAUUCAAAAGAUAUUAAAUGGUUGACACCUUUACACAGAGCUUGUUGUUCAGAAAAUGAUGCUGUUGUUGAGGUAUUAUUAAAACAUGGAGCACAAAUUAAUAUAAUUGAUAGACAUUGGCGGGCACCUCUGCAUAUUGCUGCAGCUAAUAAUGCUGUGCGCUGUGCUAAAUUGAUUAUUCCAAAAUUAUUAAGUGUUAAUUCAAGUGAUCGAGGUGGAAGAACAUGCUGGCAUCAUGCAGCAUUUAAUGGUCAUAUUGAAAUGAUUAAAUUAUUUUUAGAACAUCCUGAUUGUGCUGUAAAUGCACAAGAUAAAAAAGAUAGAAUAGCACUGCAUUAUGCAGCACAUCAAGGUCAUCAUGAAAUUGUUAAAAUAUUAUUAGAUCACAAUGCUGAAAUUGAUGUACGUGAUGUUGAUCUUUAUACACCUCUUCAUGCUGCAGUUGCAGCUGGUCAAAUUAAUUGUAUUAGAAUUUUAAUUGAAGCUGGUGCUGAUAUUGAGGCUAAAAAUGUUUAUGGAAAUACUCCAUUACAUUUAGCAUGUUUAAAUGGUCAUGUUGAUGCAGUUAUGGAAUUAAUUCGUCAUGGAUCAAAUAUUGAGGUUGCAAAUUAUCGAGGACAAACACCACUUCAUGUUGCAGCAGCUAGUACACGAGGUGUUGAUUGUCAUGAGUCAUUAUUAAAUUCAGGUGCUAGAAUAAAUGUGCAAUCUCAGGAUGGAAGAACACCUCUUCAUAUGACAGCGAUUCAUGGAAGAUUUACGAGAUCAAAGAGUCUAUUGGAUGCCGGUGCUUCACCAGAUACACGAGAUAAAAAUGGUAAUACUGCACUUCAUAUUGCAGCAUGGUUUGGUCAUGAAUGUUUAACAAUGACAUUAUUAGAAUGUGGUGCUUCUCCAGCAGCAAGAAAUGCUGAACAACGUACACCACUACAUUUGAGUUGUCUUGCUGGUCAUAUUGAAGUUUGCAGAAAAUUAUUACAAGUUGAUAGUCGUAAAAUUGAUUCACGUGAUAUUGGUGGUAGAACACCAUUACAUUCAGCUGCAUUAAAAGGAUCAGUUGAUUGUCUUGAUCUUUUACUUUCAAGUGGUGCUAAUUUUCGUCUUUCUGAUAAUGAUAAUCGAUUAGCACUUCAUUAUGCAGCAAGUCAAAAUCACUAUGCUUGUGUAUUUCCACUUAUUGGUUAUGGUAGUGAUCCAAAUGCUCAAGAUGUCAAUGGAGCAACUUGUCUUCAUCUUGCUGCAGCUGCAUCAAAUCCAUCUGAUAAUUUAGAUCAAUGUGUUCGAUAUCUUUUGGAUCAUCGAGCAAAUCCUCAUUUACGUGAUAAACGAGGAUUUACAACUAUUCAUUAUGCUGUUGCUGGUGGUAAUCAACCAGCACUUGAAGCUCUACUUCAUGAAUCUGCUUUUGGAAAAACUCAAUUAUCAGCAAUUGUUGGUGGAACAACAAAUUCAUCAAUUCGUCAUGACAAUCAAGAACUUCCAAUUCCAUCACUUACUCCUUUACAUAUUGCAGCCUAUCAUGGUCAUUCAGAGAUUUUAAGACUUCUAUUACCACUAUUUCCUAGCACAAAUAUAUGUGAAGAUACUGGUAAAACUCCCUUAGAUCUUGCUGCAUAUCGUGGCCAAGAACAAUGUGUUAGUCAAUUACUCAAAUCUGGAGCUAUUGUAUCAGUACAAGAUAAUAUUACGAAACGUACACCUCUUCAUUGUGCUGCUGCAAUGGGACAUACUAAUUGUCUUAAAUUACUUCUUCAAAGUACUGAAGAUCCAUCAGUUAUUGAUAAAUGUGAUGCUAAAUAUCGUACUCCAUUGACACUUGCAGUGGCAAAUAGUGUUAAAGAUUGUGCCUCCCUAUUACUAAAGUACAAAGCAGACUGUAAUUUACCAGAUAUUAAUAAACAUACACCACUAUUUCGUGCUGUUGUAAAAGAACAAGAUUUACCCAUGGUUGAAAUGCUUCUUGAACAUGGUGCUAGAGUUUCAGCUCAAGAUUUAAAUGGUAAAACACCACUUCAUUUGGCUGCUGCUUGUGGACGAUUAAAUGCACUUGCUGCACUUGUUAAAAUUGAUUCAACAGCUGUAACUCUUAAGGAUGAUCAAGGAUGUACAGUUCUUCAUUGGGCUUGCUACAAUGAAAAUGCAAAAUGUGUUGAAUUUUUACUUGAUCAUAAUUUAGUUGAUACACUUGAAGGUAAUCCAUUUUCUGCUGUACAUUGUGCUGUUCAUCAAGGCUCAGCUCAAUGUCUUGAGUUAUUAAUCAAUAAAUUUGGUGGACAAACAGUAGCAGCACCACGUGAUACACCUGGUGGAAGAUUGCCACUUCAUAUUGCUGCUGCUGCUGGAUCAUUUGAGUGUGCAAGAUUAAUUUUAUCUUCAGUUGGUCCAGAUCUUGCAGGACUUGAAGCACAAGAUUAUGCUGGACGAACACCACUUCUCAGUGCUGCAGUUACUGGUCAUAUAAAUACAAUUGAAUUGUUAAUUGAAUGGAAAGCUGACAUAAGAGCUGUUGAUUCAGCCAAUAAUUCUGCACUUCAUUUAGCUUGUCAGAGACGUCAUUCAACUGCUGCCUCACUUCUACUUGAUAGAAUUGAGGCACUUGGUAACAAUAAAGAUAAUUUAAAAAAAUCACAAAAUCAAAUGAAACUCACUAUCAACAUGGUAAAUAAACAACAAAAAACUCCACUUCAUCUUGCUGCAAGAAAUGGCCUUGUUGGUGUUACCAGAAGACUUUUACAACUUGGUGCUAGCGUUGUUGCUGUUGACUCUGAUGGUUUAACUCCAGCACUUGCAUGUGCACCAAAUCCAGCAGUUGCCAAAUGUCUCGCAACUAUUCUCGCAGCACAUGGGCAAAGUUGGGAAUCUACAAAACAAGCACCAUCAAUUCAACAAACAUCAGAAGUUUAUUUAAAUGGAAGAAUCAAUGACUCUCAGCACAGUUCUGAUUCUGAAUUUUACUGACGUCAUCUAAUGCG